AUGGCGGAAGAUGUCCUUCCUAUUGAGUAAGCAGGUUUCAGGACAUGGCAAAAAUAUUGAACGUAAAUUUAAUAUGCCAUACAUUUGUAUGGCAGAGACAGUACAUACAGAUUUCACAUUCAAUCAACUGUCCUAGUAUUUACGAGUAUGUAUACUUAUUAUAGGUAUUAUAUACCUAUAAUCGGGGCAUAAAUUUGCUGUAAUUUUUUAAAAAAUUUUUUUUAACAAUUUAGAUGUCAUGAGACCCGAUUUAGGAUCUCACGAACGUUCUCUUCCCUUCCAUGAGUUUUUAGAGCAAACUUUCCAUAAGUGAUAGGGUAUUUAUUUUGAAAGUUAACAAUUAUUUUAGUGACUCAAAAGUAAAGAGUUUCGACAGGAUUUUGGAUUUUUAGGACGUAAGAUCUCAUAUUAUGAGAUCCUUAAAAAACCUUAAGAUCCUUAAAAAACCCUUUACCCGUUACCCUUUAAAAAAUCCCUUAAACUGAGAUUCCAUACGAGAUCUUAAAAAUAGAGAUAGAGGGAGUAAUUGAGAUUCCAUGAAAAUAUUCUUUUUUAUAUAUUGAAUUUAUAAUAUAGUCGUAUAAAAUUACAAUUUCCACUAAUGUAUAUAGCAAAGUUUUAAUCUGGCUAGAUAUUCAUUGUAUUGAACAUGUAAUAGUAGUUUAAAAUCAAAGAAUGUGUAAAUGUGUUAUCAUUUAUCAGUCCCGUUACCAAAAAUGAAAAUACACUUAAAUUAUAAGUUAUAUUAAAUAUUUCUUAAUGUAUUCAUAUAAUAAUAAUAAAUUAUGUAUGUAAUAUGUUACGAUAUUUGUAUUGUAAAAAAAUACAAUUUAAAAACAACAUAACUCCUUCAAAAUAAUACGUAUUUGGAUGCUAAAGGUACCGGCGUGAGGCGGUUAUACUGUUUUAAUGUUCCACAAAAAUCCUAAUAAAUAAGAUUCUUAAAGAGAUAUCAUUUUUUUAAAAAUACAUCCGAGAUCCCAAUUGGAAUCUCGUGGCAGGCAAAUGAAGUUUUGGUGAGAUCUCAUGGCAGGCAAUUGAAGUUUUCAAAAAAAUACGUGACAGUCAAGUUGUUAAGCAUAUCCUUACCAUAUGGUCGACCACAAAAGAGGUGGAGUGAUGUUGUGGAAAACAAUUUAGAAGGCCUCGGAGUGCGGAAUUUGAGGAAGUUAGAACGAGGUUAUGACAAGUGAAAUGAUUUGGUUUUUGCGACCGAGACUCUUGAAGAGUGAUAUAAGCUGGAAGAAGAAGUAGGUACCCUUACCACUUACCCGUUGUGUUUUGUUGAAAAUAAUAAUGUUUUGAAAAUAUAUCUAUUAUCAACUCUUCGGAUACAGGUAAGUAUUCAAUACUGUACAUAGCUUUUGUAGAUAAAAUCGAUAAAAUCUAGUGUGUUAAGUGAAUUCUAAUAAAACUAAAGAUAAAUCCUACAAGAAUGUAGUGAGACUGGUGUAUUAUGUUGCAUUGGUCAUUGUCAGGUGGUAGACAGAAAAAUAGAAUAGAGAAAGAGUGUAGCAGAUAUGAUAAUACUUAGGUGGACGAGUGAAGUGCCGAGAAAAGAUGGGAUAAGUAAUGAGUACAUAGGAUGUAGCUUAGGUGUUGGUUGAAUAGUAGAAAAAUACGUCCUAGGAUUAUGGAGACGGAUGCAGCCACUGUUAUUGGUAAUUUAAUGUAUAUCUGUAAGCAACAAUAAACCAUUGCUAACGUAAAAACGAUUCUGAGCACAAUUCACUUCAGUUGAUAGUGAUGCUUUGUCAACAAUAUAUAUGCCAUACUAUAGUCAAAUAAUUAAAUUAUAUAUUUUCUUUAAUAAUAUUUGUUUAAUAUUGUAUCGAUUUUCCCGUUUUUUCUGUUUUUUCCCGGAUUAUCACAUUUGCUUAGAAAACUUUUUGAAAAAUCGAAAAAUUACUUCCCUAAAGUACCUUCUCAAUCAGAUUUUCUUUCAAAAAUAGUGCUAUCAUUGUAAAUCGAAGUAAAAUUUCAGGUGGAAAAUAGUACACAGAAAAAAAAAGCCAUAUUUUUUACUAAUACCUAUAUUUCGUACAUUAUUCGUUUUUCCGACAUUUUAUCCCGGUUUUUCCAGAUUUUAUGAAAACCGACUGAAAAAUCACAAAAAUGACCUACCUCAACCAUGGAGAUGAAAUUUUCUUUCUGAAAAUAAGUUACACUUAAUACACUGGAGCAAGAUUUCUGGUAGAAAAGUUCGCACAACAAAUCGAGGGGUAUUUUUCGAUUAUAAUCGUCCGAGCGAGCGAUAGCUAGGUCUCUAGAUACACAUAAAAUGGAUAUGUCUCUUCCCGAUUUAGAUAAAAGAGAAAAAAAGUGCAAUAAUUUUUUUUUCAAACACCGGGGUUUGAAUCUGCGAUCCGUAAUAUGACAUUACGUAUUCAUGACCAUUCGACCAAAAAAAACAUAUAUAGUAAAUGUAGAGUUAUUUAAUACAAACAUUUAAUAUCUGCUUAAUAUCUGAACUUCAAAAAGCUAUAAUUUCGAAACUUAGUCAGUCCGCUCAAUUCUGACUUUACCAUGCUUCUUAAAUCGGCAAUAUACAUAUGUUCAAAAAAAUUAAAUUCCUCAUAAUUUUUUACUCAAACAAUUUUCGUCAAAAUGUAGUAUCAAAAUUCCUUUAUAAAACAAAUACUACAUUAAAGUCAACUUUUUUUUUACCACAAAGUAAAAUUUAACCUCUUUUUAAAUUUUCAAUUAUUUCUGUUAAGUCUAACGAUUCUACCACAGAGUAUCUACCGAAUAAAAAUUACGUACAAAACUCGCAAAAUUAAAAUAUUUUUUAAUAGCUCAAAAAUAGCUUACAUUAUUUGAAAAUUUUACUACGUAUAAAAAAGGCAAAUAUAAAUUUUUUGUCCGAAUUUCAAGUCUCUAAUAAUAUUUUUAACAGAAUAACAACAAAUAAAAAAUUGAUAAAAUAAUAAAAUAAUUAAUUUCGUACAUUUCCCGUUUUUCUUACGUUUCAUCCUAGUUUUUCCCAGAUAUUAUGAAAAUCGCUUGGAAAAUCAAAAAAUGACCUCCUAAUAGUACCAUCUGGACAACAUUCUUUUUUAGAAAUGGUGCCGCGCGUGUAUAUCUGAACAAGAUUUAUGAUCGAAUUUUUGUACACAGGAUAAAAAAUAAACAUCUUAGGAAAACCAAUACGUUUUUUGCUAUAUUCAAAAUCUAAAAUGAUAAAAUAAACCGAGAUGGAGAAGCGAAAAAUCAGAAGCAGUAGGAAUAGUAAUGAAAAUAAACAUAGAAAAAUAGAGGAAAUAGAGGUUGGAGAAAACCGAAAAAAUGAGGUGAUAGAAUGCGAUUGAUAUUGAUAUAAGGACACGGGUCAAGUGGAAAUUUAGGGCGAGGGUGGCUGACCUUAAAUAGAUGAUGAAGGUGAAGAAUCAUUGUUACAUACAUUUUCUGAAUUGCACUUUUGUAGUUUGGUUCUGUGAUACCUAAGAAAAUAAGUGAUUUAAUAUAAAUCUAAGGUCCAUUAUCUCAAGAGACACUCAUUUGUUUUUUUUUUAUAGUAUAUUUUUCGUUGGAAUAUACUUUCUUCAAUACGUACAAUAACUAUUAACCAUAACUAACGAAAAACGAUUCUGAGCGUAAUGCCGGAGUUCGGUUAAUAGUGUUCUUUUGUCAACAAUUUAUAAAUCACGUUAUGAUAAAAUAAUUAAAUAGUUAUGCAUUAUAUAUUUUGUUUAAUAUUGUACCUAGUUUUCCCAAUUUUUUGGGAGAACUGUUGGGGAAAUAAAAAAAUGACCUUUCUGAAGUAAUAUCCCAGUCAGAUUUCUUUUCGAAAAAAAGGCUAAGUACCAUUGUAAAUCAGAGCAAGAUUUAUGGUUGAAAAGUUGAUCACAGAUAAAAAAAAUUAACAUCAUUGUAAAACUAAUACAUUCCUCGCUUUCCCUCAGAAUCUGAAAUAAAAAUUAUAUAAUAUGUAUUAUUUGUGUUUUUUUUUUAGUUAACUCAAUUUAAUUACUAGAUAUGAAUAACAUGAUAAACCCCCUCCAUAUUAAAUGUCUGUAUACGGCACUGUUUAUAAAUUAUGAGUAUCAAUUAACUUUAAUGUGGUUUAAAAAUGUAUACCGUAAAGAAGGUAAAUUAGGGACUAGGGUAAAUUUCAGAGGUUUUUUGUUAAUUUUAAUUUUUAGCUUUUUAAGAUAACGUACUAAUAAAUAGUAAUAAAAAAAAAAACAAAAGACUGGCCCAAUUCACCUUCAUGACCCUAGUCGCUCUAUCCAUGCGGUAUGUUAUUAUAGACACGAUAGUCUAAUAACAAAAAUGUGAUAAGAAUUAAAAAUCUGUUUUUGAAUUCCAACAAAAUUAAAUUAUCUAUAGAUCAUUAAAUAUAUGAAGUGUAGGUAUUCAUAUGUUGUAAAACUAAAAAAUAUUAAUGCAAUAAUAAACUGCAGGCAUUUAACUGCAUUCUCGUAUAAUAAUAUACAUUUUCAGAUGAAGUAUUCUUGAUUGUUUAGUGAUUAUUUGAUUUAGUGGAAUUGAGUGGAUUUAAAAGUAGAUUAUUAUUAACUAAUUUCAAGGCUCAAACAUAAAAAUAUUCUGCUUGGAAGGGGGUUUUCUUUUGCGACUGUACGACGAAUGUCUAAUGUGCCCUACCAUUCCGCCGCCGGCAGCACUUCAGGCGGCUAGUCUCCCACGGAACUCCGAUCAGAAUCGUUUUUCGUUCGCAACGAUAGUUAUUAUAAGAAAAUAAGCUGCGACACGGGUUUUGAGAGGGGGACAUUUGCCCACAUCGUUCCGCUCUCAAAUAUAUAUUUGAAAGCGUCUUCCCACCCAGCGGCGGAUCCAUAAAUUGUUCAAAGGAGAAGGGCACGCUAUUUAUACUUUCAGUAAAUUGACCAGGUGUAAAUUAUAAAAAUAAAAACUGUAGUCCGUUGACAGGGGGGCACGUGCAUCUGUGCCCAGUCUGGAUCCGCCAACGCCCCCACUCAUUGCGUGGACGGCUGUCCCUUGAGCACACCCAGUUGUCACGCGGCGGCACCGCGAGGAUGCGUAAUAAUAGUAAUAAUUAAUUGCGAUAUCCGGAAUAAUAAUUUAUAAUACGGUAUUAUUAUAAUCACGAUAAUACAUAUUAUAUUUUAGACCACGCCACCGAAAACGUGACUGUAGCCACUUGGUUUGCGUGCAACGUGACUCCAAACGUGCGCGCGGGAUCGGCAGUCGACGCCGGUCUGCCGCGCUCGUCGGUCCGACGCACACUUUUUGUCUCGCGUUUUUUUUUUUUUUUUUUUUUUUUAUUUUUUUUUAUUUUUCCAUUUGGACGUUACCACCCGUUCGGGAGAACUUUUCCGACCGUUUGUUUACGUCACGUGUACGGCGUACCUGUUUAAUAUUAUAUUCACCGAACACCCGUUCGCGGUGCAGUGUUUGGUGAUUGUACGCAUCGCGAGUAUAAUUUGAAAUUAUUAUCACCAAUAGUCCAGUCCUGUUCCGAAAAAAUAAAAAAAUAAUAAAAAUAAUUUAUGAUAAUACAUAAAACUCCAUACUAGUGCACUUCAUCUCAUUCCAUGGUCGGUUUACCUGUGCGAGUAAAAUGCUCAUCGCAUAAUACGCAAAGGUAAGUGCGUAUACUUAAUUAUUACCUGUUUAUACAUAAAUAUAAUAUGUAUUUUUUAUAUCAUAAUCUAUAAUAUUAGGUAUCUAUAUUGAAAAAUUCGUAUUAGGCUAGGAUAAUAUUAUAGUUUUGAUAGAUUACCGAACCACCAAAAAUUUGGUGUUAGACCGGAGUAGGGACGUUUGAAUGUUGAACAAAUUCCAUAAACUAAAUUUGAGCCAAAUUGUAAUGAUUUAAUUAUAUAAAGCAAUGGUUUUAUUUUCAUCAGUAACAAAAUAACAAUUACAAUAUUAUCUACGUAGUAAUAUUUAACUUUACAUUUUGUUUUCGCAAAAUGCUAAAUAGCAAAAUAGUAAAAUAAGUCUGGAGACAGGCGUGCCACUGUUGUAGGUGGAAAGUUGGAAUAUGUAGAGGGGAAUUAAAUAUAUAUCUAUAUGCAACGAUUAAUCAUUGCUAACAAAAACGAUUCUGAGUGGGGGUCUAUAUCUUCGCCGCCGUUCAUUUUGCCGCCAACUUUUCGAUGCUAUCAUAUUGCCACCGUUCAUUUUAUAUUAAAUAUAUCCACUCCAUUCUGAUUUUUGGAUAAAGUAUACCUCAGUAGGAUUUAGUGACAAGAAAGUGAUUUUAACGCCAACAAAUUUAGUUUGGAACCCCAUACAAGUCUCCUCCGUAGUUUGGUACCAUAAAAUUUCUUACAGAAGAACUAGCUUGGAAUUCGUCCAUUCACCGCCAAACUUUGGAUAUGACUCCUAGAUAUCUAGACUACUCUAACAAAAUGUAGUAUCGAUCGGAAAAAGAAAAUUUGCUCCAAAGUGGUCGUUGGGUCAUUAUUAACCGGCGGCGAAAAGAUCGCGGCGAGUUGCAGUGUUUUGAUUUUGCACCGGACACAAGGUUAAAAUUGUCGACCCCCCCAUUAAUUUAAUUAUUUAUAUUUAGACAGUAAUAAAUAGUGUGAUUAUUAUUAUAAAAAAAAUAAUGCAACAAAACGUUUAUUAUUAUUAAAAAUAUUUAAUUAAUGAAUUAAGUAUUUAUUUAUUUGGUUAUUAUAUUCUCAAUUGAUAAUAUUGUCGAGUUUGUCAAUCUUACUUGGGUAGAAAUCUAAGAAAUUUAGAAAUCUAAGCUAUAGCUCACUCGACUAUUUUAAUCGCAAAAUAUCCCUCGAUUUGCUGAGAAAAUUUUUCUCCACCCCAUGUCACAAUUUCUUCACAGCUGAGGUAUAUUUCUAUUCGAAAAAUAACUAAAUUAUCAAACUCAAUUACAUUAAAAAAACAAAAUUGAAAAUAAUAAAAAAAUUAUUUUUAUAAAUUUUCCCGUAUUUUCGGCAUUUUUUGUUGGUUUUGCUCAAUUAUUAAUCAUUGCUUAAGAAAAAUCGUAGAUUUACCGUUUCCGCCAAAAUUUAAAAUGUCUGUUUCCACCAUGCACUUUUACGCCAUUUAAAAAAAAAGGUUUGCUUCCCUUUUCCGCCAAUAUACCCGCUAAAGUUAUUAUACUUGCAUUACAAAAUUUUAUCAAAAAUUAACUUUCACCUAAAACAAUAUUUGGUCUAUUUAUUCUGUAUAAUUAAAAAUAGUUUCUAUAAAAUCAAUUCCAAAUCAAAGUCAUCAAAAAGUUUACUACACUUAAGUUACCUCUGAGCAAGUCUUCUGGUAGAAAAGUUACGCUCAGAAAAAGAAAAAAAUAAAUAUCUUUGUAAAAUCAUAAGCUUCUUGUGGUAGAAAACAUAAACCUUAAAAAUGUAAAAUAAUGAAAAUGGCCUUCCCAAGAAAAUUGUUUUUCAGUAAAGGACCCAUACCAUACAUACAUCGGAGCAAGAUUUUUGGUAGAAUUUUUAUACAGUUUAAAAAAAAAAAUAAAAAUAAUAACAAUAAACAUCUUUGUAAAACCGAUACAUUGUUCAGUCCAUUAAAAUCUAGAAUUCUAUUAUAAUUUAUAUAUUAUUAUUACAUUUGUAUACUAUAAAUAUAAUAUAGUAGGUAAAAAUAUUUGUAUUUCACUGUGAAUAGUAUAAUAACAGUAGGUUGUAGAAAUAAACAAGAUAAUAUUAUUUAUAAUGUUGUUAUCAAAUUAGAUAAACUUAAAAGUAACUGCGAUAACAAUACGAUACAUGAAGGCACCUGUUACUGUUAUGUUUACGUGUUAUGGCCAUGUGGAAGCUGGUGGUCACGCUUUGAACUGCACUCACACUAAUGUUCAAUUACUUCUCACACACUGACACGCCCCGUUUAUACCUGUCACAUAAGUUGCUUAAUUCUUACUCCUUAGUAAAUGGCUGACUAGAACCACCUUUAUCGAACUCCACUCAGAAUCGUUUUUCGUUAGCAAUGGUUAAUCGUUACGUACAUAUAUAAUAUAAUAAAUUUCCCCUCUACCUUCCCAACUUCUCACCUACAACAAUGGUCCACUCACUUGUGAAGUAUGUCCGUUUUUUUUUGUGUUGGUGGUUAUAUUCAAGUACCUAUUAUUUAAUUAUUCAUUCAUCAUAUUUAUAGUACUUAGAUAAAUAGGCAGUUUUUAACUAUUCCUUUUUAAUUCAGUUCUAGUUAGUUAAAUUUAAAUAUUUUAUUAUUAUAUAUUUAUUAAAUCUUACAGUAUUAUUCCGUAGUAUAAAUUUACUCGUAUUUAAUAUUUAUUUGUUCGAUAAAAUUCAAGCUAUAUUUAGUGACUAUAGUGUACAAUAUAUUGUGAUGUAUACCUACCUAUAAUCACAGAUUAAAUAGUUAGGUAUACUAUUCUUAAUGUAUGAUUGUAUAGAAGGAAGCCAAAUUUUUCUUAUUUCAUCUCGUUUGAAAAUACAAUUUUAUGACACACCCAUGCUUAUCAAUUUAUUUUGUAAAAACUGGAAUUUGCAAUUUAAAAUAAUUUGUAUGUUUUAUUAACAGAUAAUCAAAAUGCAAAACGUUUUCCGCAAGAAGAUUGUACGACAUUCAAAAACGUAUUUAUUAAAACACAAUUUAAUGAUUAUGAAGACAAUUUACUUUUAUCUACAGAGUUACAGUUAAAUAAUUCGAAAUUUACAGAGAUUAAUGAAAGUAAUAAACUAAACAUAUUGAUAAACUAUGAAUGAAAACUGAAUAACUAUGUUUUUAUUUUUUAGCUGAAAAUAUUAAAUCAUGUUCUUUGUCAUUAAUGGAGAAUAAUACAGGCUGUCUCACGAAGAUGUAAGUAUUCAAAUAUUUAUUUUAUAAAAUUUAAAUCAUAUGAUGAUUAACAAUGUUUAUAGGUUUUUCAUAGUAUUGAAACUCUUAGUAAUUAAAUAAAAUAAAAAUAAAAUAAAAAUAAAAUAAAAAUAAAAUAAAUAAAUAAAUAAAUAAAAAUAAAUAGACUUACAAUAUGUCUGUGAUUACUAAGUAGUAAAUGUUUAAACUGAUCAAUAAAAUUAUUAAAAUCAAUGUUAAUAAUUAUUCUUGUUCUACAAAGAAAAAAAAAGUAUCAAUCUUUCUUAUAAAAUAGUACUUCUUAAUUUGUUUUUUAUAAUGCUGAGUUUUGAAAAACUACAUUCACAGCUUUAACUAGUAAUUGGAAUUGUUAUAAACAUUUUAAGACAGUGACAUUUUUUUAAAAAAAUGUUAUGUCUAUAAUAUUGUUUAAACCCAUUGGGUCAUUUUUGUACAGCAUCUGAGUUUGUAUCUCUUGGUGUAUUUUCAGUAGAUUCAUACAAGAUAAAAUUCACAGCACAAAUCUUCUGAAAUUCAAAAAAUAUGUGUAUGAUUUUAAUUUAUCUUCUGAAUUUUUAGACGUUUUUUUCUUUUGAUUUCAGAUAUUUUGAUAUCCAUUUUAUAGCACAUUUUUUUGUAUUUUCAUAUAUUGAUUUAAAAUGUUAAGUAAUUUCGUAAUGAGAUCAAUGGCUGUUUGAAUGUUUUAAUUACCAUAACUGCAGUUAACAGUUCAAAAUUUGUUAUUUGUAAGGUUCAGUCCAGUAUAGUCUAAUCUGAAUCACAUAUUAACAGUUACUCAUUUAUUAAUUUUACCUAUUUUAAUAACUCAUAUUAAAUUUUUUUCAUACGAAAUAUCUUAGAUGACCCACACACUCUGAACCAGUUCAAUUGCACUAAUAGGUAAGGUAUAUAUGCUCUAUUGUCUAUAACUAUCCUUGCAGUCAUUCGAUCACGUGUCAUAACUCGUAAGAUAUUUUUUCUUUUAUACAAUAUAUUCAAUAUUAUAAUUAUAAGUAUAUCUGCCUAUGCAAGUGUUGCACCUUUCUUUGUCAAUCGUUUUGAAUAAACCAUACGAUAAACGUAUUUUUAUAGACGUUCUACUGCAGGCUUGUGAUGGACCAACCGAAAAACAAACACACCGUACACUGGUUUCGAAAGGGAUUGAGGCUGCACGACAAUCCUAGUCUGCGGGAAGGGCUGGUGGAUGCAACCACAUUUCGGUGCAUUUUCAUACUGGACCCUUGGUUUGCGGGAGCGUCAAACAGCGGCAUCAACAAAUGGAGGUCGGUAUAUUGUUAUAAUAGGCUUGUUUUAAGCAAUUAUAUAGUUUAGCGAACAAACUGUUUUUGGUAAUGGUAUUAUUCACUGCAGUAACUACUAUCGUGGUAGUCUGUACAGCAAACGGUUGAUGUACAACAUUGUUUUAUUGUAAUAGAUUUCUGUUGGAGUGUUUGGUAGAUUUAGAUAACAGUCUGAAAAAACUAAAUUCCCGACUGUUCGUAAUUAAGGGACAGCCGGCUGAAGCGUUGCCCAAAUUGUUCAAAGUGAGUUGAAGUGUAAUAUUUUUUAUUAUUAUUAUAUUAAUUAUUAUUUAUAAUGGUUUUUUUUUUUAGCUUAUUUACCUAUUAUAACUUAUAGCCUUUGUAGUCUAUUACGUUUUUCCAUACAUCUUUGUCCUUGGCUAUAAAUAUUUGACAUUCCUAUUCUUAAGGGCUCGAGGAUCGAUGUUUUCCCUGUAUUAGUAUUUUCUUAUCUGAAUUUUAUAUUGUGUUUUUACAUAUUAGUUGACCUUCCAUCCGCCAAACGUGUUCGGUUUAUACAAUUAUUGUUCGACUUUUGAGAACUCUAACCGUGGCUUAUCAAACAUUGUUUACAGUUCUGCAUUUGUAUGGUAUUCUGCUUAUUUCUUUUGGGUUUAUAUUAACUUUUGGAACCGUUAUAUUAAACGUAUGACAUGCAUCUCAAAUAUUACUAUUCAUUUUUUUUUCUAACUUGUUGAUGCCCACGCUAUCCACAUGCAUACAGUACUAUUAGAUCUAAUGCGUGAUUAAUAUAAUCUUGUUUUCAUUCCUUUGGGCAGUGUAAUUUUAACUUUAAUAAUUUCACAAGUGCAGAAAUAUGGCAUCUGUUCAUAUUAUGAUUAUUUUUGUUUUAAGCCUGUUAAACAUUUGAAAAAAUUUAGACGUCCAUCUCACAAUUAUUACCUAAUACUUAUUUUUGUUUUGUCUGGUUAUAAUAUUAAGUACUUAUGUUGGAUGUUAUUUUUCGUUAGUUAUGGGGAACGACAAACUUCACAUUCGAAGAAGACCCCGAACCUUACGGUCGAGUGAGAGAUCAAAAUAUAACGGUUAUGUGCCACGAAAUGGGAAUUUCUGUGAUUAAACGUUGUUCACACACCUUAUAUCAAUUAGACAAGUUAGUAAUAUUUAUAUUAAAUACAUACAAACAAAGAAUUCAAAUAAAUAUAAAUUCAUCAUUUAAAAGGUAAAAAAUAUUAUUUCCGCGUAUAGUUUUAUGGGAUACAACUGAAAAAAGUGAAUAUUAUUUUGGCCGUCGUAUAGGUUAUAAGUACAAGCUGUAGAGUGAAACUUGUCUAUGCUUAAAAAAAAAAAAAGAAACAAUCAUAGGCGAAACUAGACAUUUUUAUUUUCAAUGACUCAAUUCAUGAGAAUUAUUUUAUACCUAUCAAAGAUAGGAUUUUCUAAAACUGUGUUUGGACUAUAGUUAUUCAGAUUUAUAUUUAAAUUUGCGAUCCUAAUAUUAUUAUUAAGUAAUAUCUAGUAGUGUAAUAGGCUAACAUAUCUAAAGUAAAUAGGGGAGAGAGUGAUAGGGAAUACCAAUGAUUUUCAUUACAAUAAAAAGUUAUAACACAAGUAAUUAUUGAUGAUAUAAAUCUAAAAUUGUGUAAUUUGUGAUUUAAACUUAAAUCAUACAUGUGAAAUAGAUAUACUAAAUACAUUUUAAUUUUUACCUUAAAGUUAAUAUUUAUAAAGUUAAACGACGUUCAAAUGGGAUUAUAUAAGACCAUUCUUUAAAUUCUUCAAUCACAUCAUUGGUGUCGACAUUUUUUGCCAUGGUUUGCUCAAUGUACGGAAGCAUUAAAUUUUCCAAUCGUUCUUCAGUCAUUGUCGUUCGUAGCUUAGUUUUAACAUGAGUUUACUUUCAAAUGAAAUACUUAUGACAGGUAUUAUGAAGAAAACUUUUAAAGCUUUUCUGUGUUAAAAAAAAAUGGUCUUAAUACCAUUUUAACCAAAAUGUACAGUUUUUAUUGAUUGCCAAGAAUCACCCGAAUCACUUGAAUCUUUGUUUCGUGCUUUUAAAAAACGUAUUUCACUCUGAAAUUCAUAUUAGCCUGGGUCAGGGCUUAUUUGGUCCAUACCGUAAUUUCGCCAAUGGAAAUACUCACAAUUUAAUUUAAAAUAUAAGGUAAAUAAUUAUGAUUUAUGAAGUUUUAUUUUUCCUCGGAGUUCAGAGUGUUGAUAGCGUUGCAAGUUGAGAGUAUUACGAUUUAAAAAAAAAAAAUCUAUUUUUAAUACAAUAUAAAUUGUAAUUAUAACCAGGUAUGAAAAUAUAAUAUAAUGUAUAGGAUGAUAUUUUAAGCACGUUUACUCCAUUAUUGAAUGGUUAAAUUACCUAUGCCUAAAUUCAAAUAAUAAUUUUUGGAAUUUUUAAGUACAAUGAACGACGAUAUUUUGGUAUACUUAGAUUUUCACAACAUUUAAGGAAUCCUAUGGUAAUAACAAUUUAAAUUUUUCAAACGAGAACCAAUACGUUUAGAUUUACAUUAUCAAGCAGAUGAUUUUAUCUGAAAAUGAUGACGUAUUGUAAACGAAAUUUGAACUAAAAGUUAUUCUGCUUUAAAUACUUAUAAUAUUAGUCUUUCAUGAGAAUUGGAAAUCAACUGUUUUAUGUGUAUAAAUAAUUUCUUGUUUUGAAUCAUGCAGUUAUUAUUCUUUUGUAUUUAAAGUAGAAUAACUAAUAUUUUUCGUUCAAAUUUCGAUUAAAAUACGUCAACACUUUCAAAAAAAUUUUAAAAAUGGACAGUUUGCAUUAAAACAUAUAGGUUCUCAUUUUAAAAACCUAAAGUUGGUAUUGUCACAAGAUUUUACUUAAUCAUCGUGAAUAAUCUAAGUAUUAGCUAAAAUUAAAAUCUUAGUAGAUAUGUUCUUCCGCUACACAAACAAUUUAAAAUAUCAGAAUUUGAAUAUAUUCAUUAUUUAAGCAUACAAAUGGGAUUAGCACUGAGCAUGCCUAAAAAAUCACUUAAUAAAUAUUUAAGAAAAUUGAUUAAUAGAACGGAUAUGUCCUUCUCAUCCCACCCAUUUGACCACCCCUCUUUAUAACUUAAGGGUUAGAUUAAGUUAGGUUUACUUAUAAAAUCAAUUUUAGGUCUUAAAACAUAUAGGUUUAUUUUUUAUGACUAACUAUUACAUAAUAAUAUAUUAAAUACUAUGAUUAGAAUUUAUUUAUUUAUUUUCAAAUUAAUAUUUUGUGAUGCAGAAUAAUAAAUAUAAACAAUGGGAAAGCUCCAUUAACAUAUCAUUUGUUUCAAACACUAUUGGAGUGUAUCGAUCCACCAGAUUGUGCUGUACCGAAUAUAGAUCUCGAAUUCCUCGGAGGUGCUUACACGCCAAUCAGAUUUGACCAUGACGAAAUAUUUGGCGUUCCUUCACUUAGCGACCUAGGUAAUUAUAAAAAAAAAAAAAAAAAUGUUAAAAAUCAUCUUACUUUAUAUCUAUAUCACGUAAUUAAUGAAAAUAAAGGGUUACCACCCUUUUGUUAGGACGUUAGGUGUUUUGGAUCAUGUUAAAUCGGAUUCCCAGGUUCGAUAUUCCUAAAUAUGAUUAUUAGUCGCGGUUUUUGAGUUUUUAUCCAACGUAUUUUUCAUAUAUAUAACCGUGUGACCUAUAAGAAAUUCGAUAAGCGUGAAAAUGUAGACUUCAAUGGUAAGUUCUUGAAAAUUUUUUACUGUUCGAAGGAUUUUUAUCUACUAUCAAAACUAAAUUAAAAAGUUUAUUUCUAUAAAAUUCAUGUGGAUUUCAAAUCUUACCUCCCAUUCCCUCUUCAAAAAAAAAAAAAAAAAAAUUGUAUGAAGAAAAUGAAAUUAAAAAAAAAAUAUAGCAGAGAAAUAUUGAAUAAACUGCAGAAAAACGAGGCAAAACGCAAUGUACGAAUCGCGUAGUGUAAAGCUGAUAAGCAAAAUGCUUUUAUAAUACAUUGGGGAAAAAAUGUAAAAUAUGCGAUUCAGUUUUAAGUACAAAGUAAAUGUAUACAUUAUUUAUAAAUUACACACAAAAUAUCGAAUAGGAAUACAAUCACUCUCAAUGAUAAGGAAAAUUACCCACAUUCAUGAAGGUAAUUGCACUUUUAAUAUUUCCUGCUACCUAAUUUGAGUCCUACUCAAUAAUAGAACCUACUGUAGACCUACUGUACCGUUUUAAAUCAUCGAAUUUUCUGGGAAUUUCGGUGCUGUUAGAGAACAAAGUAUUAUAAGUUGUAUAUUUUGCCUUGUUGUCAAGGUAACCUAGAAAUCAACAAAAAUUAUACCAAAAUUGUCAGUUUUUACAAUGUAUGAAGAAAACAACAAGGAAAAUCAAAAAAUGACAUUCUCAAUAUACUAACUAAAUUAAAAAUUGUACAAGAAAGGUCUUAUGUUUCUUAAAUUUUUGAUUAGAGCAAGAUUUUUGGAAGAAAAAUAACUUAUGGAUUUAUAAAUACAAAAGAAAACACACACACACACACAUACACACACACACACACAUACACACACACACACACACACAUACAUCAUAGUCACAUUCAUAUACCAUCAUAGUAAAAUUAAUAUACAUUCCUUGCUUCGACCAGAAUGUAAAUAAUAAAUGAGAUCACAGACGAAAACUGUAUACAAUAUAUUAUAUUAUAAACUAUUGUUUGGUUUGGUUUUUUUUUUACGAACAGGAUUCAAAGAAAUGAAUGACGUUUCUAAUCAUAUAUGGAAAGGAGGCGAGAUAGAGGCUUUGAUCAGGUUACAGCGUCAUUUGGAACGGAAAGCGUUCAUCGCGACUUACGGAAAACCGAAAAUGACACCACAAUCUUUACUGGCCAGUCCCACCGGUCUCGCGCCGUAUUUAAGGUUCGGAUGCUUGUCUACUAGAUUGUUUUAUUCCGAGUUAAACAGCCUCUAUCAGAAGGUAAAAACAGCAAUUCUUCACUCGACUUAUUAAAUUAUAGUUAUUAUAUCACUAUAUCCAAUUUAAUUGUACCGUAAUUUAGAUGCGAAAAUCACGACCGCCGCUUUCAUUAUACGGUCAAUUGUUGUGGCGGGAUUUUUUUUAUUGUGCGUCCACUAACAAUCCAAACUUCGAUCGAAUGGUCGGGAACCCAAUUUGUAUGCAAAUACCGUGGGAUAAAAAUCCCCAAGCUUUAUCGAAAUGGGCAAAGGCGAGUAGCUACCUUAUAUUUAACGUUCAUAUUAUAAAAAAAUACAAUAUUAUAAUAUUUAGGGUCAAACCGGUUACCCGUGGAUCGACGCGAUUAUGAUACAGUUAAAGAAAGAAGGCUGGAUACAUUGUAUUGCGAGACAUGCCGUCGCGUGUUUUCUCACUAGGGGUGAUUUGUGGUUAUCUUGGGAAGAAGGAAUGAAGGUAAGAUAACCUACCUAUAUAGGUCAGUGGUAAUAUCGAUGACAUACGUCUCGUAUGCAUAGAUUUAUACAUUUAAGUACAUUUUUGCCAAUUACUCAUGGUAUUUCACAAGGAACUGUUUUAGGGUCCACUAUUGUUCAUAAUAUUGACUAAUAGUUUUUUUGGUUUAAUUUGAAUUGGUACCUACUAAUGUAAUUAGUUUUGCUGAUAAUAUUUUAGCAAAUAAUUUAGUUAUGGUUAUCUUAGAAAAAAUUAAUAAAUUAUUUUAUUAAUUAAUAUCUAUUAUAAUAUUAUUAUAAUUAUCUAUUCAUCUCUAGAUGAAUAGAUAAUUUACGAUAUUUAAUCGAACCAUUAAAUGUUUCAUUUAGAGUUAAAAUACAUUGUAGAUUCUGAGCGUAGAAAGGAAUGCAUUGGUUUACAAUGGUGUUUAUUAUUAUGUUUAUUUGGAAGAUACUCUAUGGUAAAAUGUUUAGACUAAAUAGAAAUGCUUGGAAAUUUAACAAGAGGUAGUUUACUGGUUGUACUUAACUGUCGUUAUUCCAGAGAUCGGCAGGUUCAAACCUGAAUUCCGAGAAAAAUGUUUUGCAUUUGGUUUUUCCCUGUUUUCUAAAUUGAGAGAAACAAAUGAAAACUUGAAAUCAAUAAUAUGCCAAGUACCAAAACAAAAAUAUUCAUUGAGAUUUAAAAACCUGAGCUAUAAAACAACGCCCACAACCUAUUAAAGGCGUUAUGUGCCACAACCACAAUAGUAGUAUUUACAAGGUCUAACAAAAUGACGUUAGAGCUAUGGUUAGGAGACCACUAUCCGCUGGUGAGGUUAUAACGGAAAUAAUUAAAAAUUAACUGGCAAUAAUGAAUGGCAUAUAGCUCGUAUUGAUUUAAAGUCUUCAAAUUGCAAUUUGGCUGGACCUAAAGACCCAAGACGUCGUUCGCUCAGACUAUUUUAAUAGAAAAUUACCUCUCGAUUUGUUGUGCAAACUUUUGUACCAGAAAUCUUGCUCCGAUGUAUUAAGUAUACUAUCUUUUAUGGAAGAAAAUUGUACCUACAUGGUACUUUAAGAAGGUCAUUUUUUUCUAUAAAACGUGAAUUAAUACCAGCAUAAAAAAGCUGUAUAACUCGUAAAUAAAAUAUAUCAAAAAGCUAUUAACUUAGCAUAGACAAGUAGCAUGGGAAAAUUUCACAGAAAUACUAAACUUCAAAAACAAAUCACUUUACUAACUAAACUGCCGCCUCUUGAAUAAAAAACAGCGGUGCAGAGCCACCGCUAAAAACAACAACAGGGCUCAAAAAUACAAAACAGAUAGAAAAACAACUAUUCGUGGACAUAAUGGCUGAUCAGUUCAUAAACGACAUAGGAGAAGAUAUACAAGAAUCAAUUCAAUCAAUAGCAGAAAUAGAUCAAGACUGCACCAUAACAACUCUAUUUCGCUAAAGCUAAUCAAAGCCAUCAUUAACAAAUUAUCAACUGGCAAAUCACCCGGACAUGACGACAUAUCAAACUUGGCCCUAAGAUACUUAAUAGACAAUAUAAUCAUUCAGCACAUACUUCAAUUCUUCAAACAUCUUAUUUUCUAACAAAAUGGAAAAAUGUCAUAAUAGUAAUGAUUUCAAAACCCAAUGAAAACUAUUUAAAAUCGGAAAACUGCAGACUGAUAUCACUCAUGAGUUUCAUAUUAAAAAUAUUCCAAAAAUUAUCCAUGAUUAUCUGAAGAAAUACAUAAAACCCAGACCAUAACAACACGCUUUCCGAGAAAGUCACUCAACGCUCACACAACUUAUUAGACUUGUUCAGAAAAUCAAAACAAACAAAAGAGAAAAGAAAUACACCACCGUACAAUUUUUAGAUAUGGAAAUGGCCUACAACUGUAUGUAGCACGAAGGUAUCAUUUACAAACAUAGGUAAAUCACGGAACUUCUUGUGCACAUUAUAAAACUCAUUAAGUCUUUCCUUAUGUAACAAACAACAAAGUGCAUGUUGCCAAUCGCCUGCCAACGACCCAUACUAUAGAAGCAGACGAAUAGUCGCUGCCGCUGAUGCCCCUGCUGCUGACCGCCAAAUGGUUACUGCCGACCAAAAGCUGCCACUGGUACAUCCUCUUUUGUACUCUGAAUCUGCUGGGCAGAUACUAUUAAAACAGCCGUUCUCAUGGCCAUCAAAUCGUUACUCAUGAGACGUGCCUGUUUAGGCCAUGUCUCUCCAAGUCAACGACGGACCAUGAACGUCACUUGUUUGAAUUCCCUUGCCUCUAAUAUGGUUAGGUACAACAUUCCAUUAUUAUUUUAAAAAUCGUCACUGAUGAGCCCGGGACCGUCGCCCGCACAUAGGCUCAAUCUUCUUGUCCCCAUAUAUUAAAUAUAUUUAUUAAUCAAUAUAGACUUGAUUCGAUACCAUUAAAAAUAUGUGUAAUUAUUUCACAAGACCGGUGACUCACCAAGUCUGCACCAGAUCAAUCUAUAGCUUACCGUUAUUUUUUUUAGGUAUUCGAAGAACUAUUAUUGGACGCCGAUUGGUCGGUGAAUGCGGGAUCGUGGAUGUGGUAUUCGUGUUCGUCAUUUUUUCAAGAAUUCAUUCAUUGCUAUUGUCCCAUUAGGUUUGGACGUAAAGCAGACCCGAACGGUGAUUAUAUAAGGUAUUGAAAAUUUAUUUAUAUUUUAUUGCCUUUUUUUUCCGAAGUAAAGUAUACAGACCACGUGUAUUAAAAUAUAUUAUUUUACUAUACAUUUUUUUCGGUCAAUUUUCGUGUUUUAGAUUAUCAAACACAGCGAGGAUUGCAAUGCGUUGCAGGUUUCAUAAUAUUAAGAAAAAUAAUGCAAUUUCAUGUUUUUAAUUUUGUACCCCUUCUUUCCCUGGAGGUAGCACGUUAUUAAGAGGUGUGUGAUAAUUCAAAAGCGAAUUGUGGGUCGCGUUGUUACCUGAUGGUAUUUUGAGGUCUAUGAUUAUAACGAACCACUUUGCCUCUAUGGAAAAAGUUCCAGAAUAACCAAAAUUUCAACGGUCAUAAUAUUUUUUCACAUAUCGAUUUUUUAUUACGUUUGAUGCUGAUAAGUAUAUUGUAACGGUUAACGAAUUAUAUCUUUAAUACUAACUAUUAAGUAUUAACUGACUAACGUUUAAAAUACGUUUAGAGGUUAUAUGACUAAUUAAUUAACACUUAUUAAAUAUUAUAUUUGUAUUUGACAUUUAUAUAGAAGAUAUAUUCCGGUGUUGCAAAAUAUGCCUACCAAGUAUAUUCACGAGCCAUGGUUGGCGCCAAAGACUAUACAGUUUGCUGCUAAUUGUAUUAUUGGUAUCGAUUACCCUUUGCCGAUCAUCGAUCAUGUCUUUGCGUCGAAAAUCAAUCUAGAACGAAUGAAAUUGGCAUACGAACAUCUGUCCAAUUGUCAGCCACGGUUGGAAAACAAUAAACUUAUCUUAAUAUCCUCGCCUAAAAGAUGA